AUCUCCCCCGUUAUGAACAGUAAUACACUUUAUAUGUAGGGAUCCAUUCUCCAAUCUGUAUUUAGGCCAAUCCAAUAUAUCAAGUUAAUUUUUGGGGUAAAUGAGAAUAUUUAAUUUGUUAGCGAUAUUAUAUCUCAUUCCUCUCUAGGAUAUAUUUGACAAUGUCGCAGUAUCAAAUUUGAAAUUGACAGGUUAGGGACCUCACAUAACCUCACUUUUGUAACGUGUCCAUGUCAUGUUGUUUUAUUUUGUAUUUGUAUUCAGUUAUUAUAAUUAAUUUAAACAAGCGUAGCCCGAUAAACAAUAGUUUUAAGUAUUCAAUAUGAAGUCUAAACAGUCCAAAAGUGAACCUUCUACCGUGCUAAUGCCGGCUGAUGUAAAAACAGCCAUAAAAGGUGUGAUAAAGUUCGCAUCGGAGAACCCCAAACUGCAAAACAACCUGUUCAACGAGGAGUUUCCCCUGUUCCUUCAAAUAAACUCCUUUAAAAUUCCCAAGAGUCGUGGGGCGGUUAAGAAGGUGUUUAGGGUCCCAUUGGCUCACUCCCCGUUAUCACAGGACCCGGAUGUUUGUCUGAUUGUGCCUGACGUUAAGGGAAUUCCGAAUAAGGAGCACGAAAGACACUUGGAGCAUUACGAGACCCUGUUAAGGUCCAAAGAUGUGACUGGAAUUAAGAAAAUUAUGACUUUUCAUGAGUUUAGGACUGAAUAUGACACAUUUGAGCUGAAGCAAAGGCUUGUUGAUUUGUAUGACAUUUUCUUAGUGGAUGGCAGGAUAAGUGGCAAAGUAGUGCACAAAGGGGGCAGCAUCUUCUAUAACAAACGAAAAGUGCCAAUUGCAGUAAAAUUGCACCUGCCAAAAUUGAAAUCGCACCUGGAAGAGUCCUUGAAAAAAGCAUUUUUGUUGUUGAACUGGCACAGUGACAGUCAUGCAGUGCAAAUUGGUCAUAGUAAAAUGAAAGUGUCUCAAUUAGCGGCGAAUGUCAAUAGUGUGGUGCGAUUUAUAGAAAAACAAUUUCCUGGAGGAAUGGAGAAUGUUAGGAGCUUAAAUGUUUAUGCCUUUAGGGGCUCCAGUGUUCCCGUUUAUUUAUCUUUAAAGGAUCCUAAUGAAGUGGAAGUUCCAACACUAACAACUAGAAAACCAAAAUCAUACAAGCAGUUCAGUGGCGAAUUGACCACCCAAUAUAAUGCCAAUAUACUGGUAAAACCAUCGGGACAAGUUGUAGUGAGACGCUCGAAAAAAUACAACCAGAAUAACCAGGACGAAAAUAUCACCGAUGCAGAUAUCUUAAGGGAAAAUAAGAAAAGUGCUAAGGGGGAAGGAGAGACUAAACAAGGAAAGAAGAGGAAAAUGAUUGAGCAAAAGCAGGAGAAAAAUGUGGUAGAAAAGAAGAAGAUUAAGGGGGCUUCUACAGUCGAGAAAAAAGGAAAAAAGAACUUUAUGGUUAAGAAACAAACAAAAGUUGGAAAAAAAAUAAAUAAAAGUUAAUAUUAAUGUUAAUAAAGGGUUCAUUUAAA